AUGAGACGAAAGUGUACUGAAGGAAGAUUUGAAAUGUGCACGUUGGGUGAUCUGCACUGUUCAGACACCCUGCACGUUUUUUUGAGCUCUCCAUUUUUAAACUCCCAAAAAACCACACCUCUUCCAAAUAAAUUGUUGCAAAAGAUAAGAUGGUACGAGCUCAGGCAAAACCAGCAGCAGCCAACGGCCCUGAAGGCGGACGAAUCAGGAGGUCGUUUCCCCGGAGGUCCGGCCGACUGGGCGGACGAGCUGCUUCUUCGCCACCACCAGCACCAACAGCCAACGGUCAGGAGGGCGGACGAGCCAGGGGGUCGUUUCCCCGGAGGUCCGGCCGACUGGGCGGACGAGCUGCUUCUUCGCCACCACCAGCACCAACAGCCAACGGUCAGGAGGGCGGACGAGCCAGGGGGUCGUUUCCCCGGAGGAGGGCGGACGAGCCAGGGGUCGUUUCCCCGGAGGUCCGGCCGACUGGGCGGACGAGCUGCUUCUUCGCCACCACCAGCACCAACAGCCAACGGUCAGGAGGGCGGACGAGCCAGGGGGUCGUUUCCCCGGAGGUCCGGCCGACUGGGCGGACGAGCUGCUUCUUCGCCACCACCAGCACCAACAGCCAACGGUCAGGAGGGCGGACGAGCCAGGGGGUCGUUUCCCCGGAGGUCCGGCCGACUGGGCGGACGAGCUGCUUCUUCGCCACCACCAGCACCAACAGCCAACGGUCAGGAGGGCGGACGAGCCAGGGGGUCGUUUCCCCGGAGGUCCGGCCGACUGGGCGGACGAGCUGCUUCUUCGCCACCACCAGCACCAACAGCCAACGGUCCAAGACGCGGAGGAUCCAGCAGUAGCAAACUGGACAACGGGUCGAAGAGCGGAGGAGCUCGAAUUUUGUAUUUGCCCGAUGGUUUUCGGAUAAGGAAGAUUCCAGGAGAUGGCAACUGCUUGUUUGGAGCUCUGAGUGAUCAGAUGACCGGAUCACACGAAUUCCAUAUGCAGUACCGAGAAGCUGUCUGCAAUUAUAUGCUACAAUUUGGAGAGGAUUUUCAACCAUUUGUUGAUGAGCCAUUAGAUGAUUAUCGUAAGCAAUUAUAAUUACUAAUAAAUAAAUAAUUAAUUGAUUUGGAGAUUAAUUGUGUCAUUUAUUAUGUAGUACGACGGUUGUCGGAAUCAGGGACAUGGGGAGGUGAUGAAUGUAUUGGGGCAUUUGCUCGAAUAAAUAACGUUACGGUAACAGUGUACCAAAACACAUCCCCUCCGGUUGACUUUCUACCCUCCCCGGGAUCACCAGGACGUG